AUGGCUGUUGCCAAUCAAGCCCAUACAGAUGACAUGGGCUCACGCCAUGCUCGUACAAACGAGGUACCACAGUCAUUGGAUGUCACAUUACAUUCGAAGUCUCUUUUCUCCACGGGAGACCCUGAGAACGAUGCCGAAAGAGACCUGGAGGAUGGAGCCAAUGUCCAGCCCAUGGGAGAUGAAAAACCAGAUGUACCUAAGAAAGAUCCUAACUUGGUGGAAUUCGAUGGACCAGACGAUCCCGAAAAUCCACAUAAUAUGCUUUACUGGAAGAAGUGGGUGGUGACCAUGACACUCUCUUUCAUGACCAUGUGGGUUACGUUCGCAAGCAGUGUCUUUUCGACUGCAACCCUAGUGACGGCCAAGGAGUUCAAUGUAUCAACCGAAAUUAUGACCUUGGGGACUAGCUUGAUUCCAGUCGCAGUAGCCCAGAAUGUCGAAACCAUCCUGGUCUGUCGUUUCUUUAUAGGCGUUUUUGGAUGCUCUCCUCUAGCCGUCAUUGGCGGCGCUAUGGCGGACUUUUGGAACCCCGUUGACCGUGCUGUGGCUAUUGCAAUGUUCUCUUCUGCUACUUUUAUUGGUCCUGUGCUUGGUCCCAUUGUGGGUGGCUUCAUCACGGAUUCAUAUCUUGGAUGGCGGUGGACCGCUUGGAUUACAUUGAUUGCGUCGGCAGCUUUUGGCCUCGCUGCCGUGGUCAUUGUCCCGGAGACCUAUGCCCCACUUAUUCUUCAGAAGCGCGCUCAACAUCUUCGUCGGCAGACUGGAAACUGGGCGUUGCAUUCGAUGCUGGAUGAGCAUCGCCCCACUGCGUCGGAAAUUGUCAGCAAGUAUAUUCUGCGUCCGAUUCAGAUGCUUUUCCUGGAACCGAUUCUGCUGUUGAUCACCUUAUACCUAGCUUUGGUUUACGGAAUUUUGUACCUGUUCUUUGAAGCGUACCCCGUGUCCUUCCACGAAGUCCGAGGGUGGAAGCAUCUAGGUGUGGCCGGAUUGCCUUUCCUUGGGAUCAUGAUUGGCGUAUACUGCGGCGUGGCAUUUAUCAUCUGGCAGACGAAAACGCGCUUUGCUCGGAAGCUGGAAAAGCAUGGUCGUGUUGUUCCUGAAGAACGUCUGGUCCCUAUGAUUGUGGCAUCAUUCAUGCUACCUGCCGGUCUCUUCUGGUUCGGAUGGACUUCUAGCCGCCACGUCUCGUGGGUACCCCAGGUUAUCGCAGGCAUUCCCAUUGGAAUGGGAAUCCUGGUUAUUUUCAUGCAAGGUCUCAACUACAUUAUUGAUGUCUAUAUGAUGUUCGCCAAUUCCGCCAUUGCUGCCAAUACUCUGAUCCGGAGUAGUUUUGGUGGUGCCUUCCCACUCUUCGCAGUGCAAAUGUACCACAAGUUAGGCGUUGACUGGGCUUCUAGUCUGCUUGGAUUUAUCACCGUGGCGAUGAUUCCAAUUCCGAUUGUUUUCUACUUCUAUGGCAAGAGGAUCCGGGCCAUGAGCCGCAGGCGUCGCAAAAAUGUGGUGAAAAGGGCCCACGAUGCGGGGGUUGCUCUCGGAAUGAACUCACUUGCGCUUGGCUGGCUGACAACUCUUGAUGGAUCGAGGGAGAAACUUCAAGACUUCCAACAACUAAGGGGCUCUACGUGCUCGAUUUUCGAGUACCAACGUUGA